CUGAAAAGCGAGGGAGGCGGCAACACGGCCAGCAAAGGCAGCCGCCUGGGGGCCCGUUUCACAGCCCGGCCUUGGACGGAGAGGAGAGGACCGGCAGGCGAAACCCCGUUCCGGCGACCCGGCUUCGGAUUCCUGGAUGUUGGAGUAGCGAGGACGGACGAGGAGCCGGCUCAGGAAUGCAGCGGCAGCUCCAUCCGGGCAGCUGGAAGAGGAGCCCUUUCCUGCUCCAGCUGCUCCUGUGGCUGCACACGAGGAGCCUGGCCGAACCCGCCGCCCCAGGAACAAAUGUGUCAGCUACUGCUGAUUUAAUGCCUACAUCAUAUUGGAACAUGUCAAAUGAAGUAGAUAAAGAUUAUUUCUUGACACUAGAUGAGCCGAUGAACAAUAUCACCACUACUCUGGGUCAGACUGCGGAACUGCACUGUAAGGUUUCCGGUAAUCCUUCUCCAACUGUGCGUUGGUUGAAAAACGACGCUCCUGUUGUGCAAGAACCCAGGAGGAUAUCCUUUCGUGCAACAAGCUAUGGGUCCCGAUUACGAAUAAGAAACCUUGAUACCACAGACACUGGUUAUUUUCAAUGUGUGGCAACAAAUGGCAGGAAGACAGUCUCUACAACAGGGGUAUUAUUUGUGAAAUUUGGUCCUCCUCCAACAGCAAGCCCAGGAACAUCAGAUGAAUACGAAGAGGAUGGAUUUUGUCAACCAUACCGGGGAAUUGCAUGUGCAAGAUUUAUUGGAAAUAGAACCAUUUAUAUGGAAUCCCUGCAUAUGCAAGGAGAAAUAGAAAAUCAAAUUACUGCUGCCUUCACAAUGAUUGGAACUUCAAGUCAUUUAUCAGAUAAAUGUUCGCAGUUUGCUAUUCCAUCUCUGUGCCAUUAUGCUUUCCCAUAUUGUGAUGAGACUUCUUCUGUCGCAAAACCACGAGAUCUUUGCCGUGAUGAGUGUGAGAUUCUGGAAAACGUUCUUUGCCAAACUGAAUAUAUAUUUGCAAGAUCCAAUCCUAUGAUUUUGAUGCGGUUAAAGCUGCCUAACUGUGAAGAUCUUCCACAGCCUGAUAGCCCUGAGGCUAUAAACUGUAUCCGCAUUGGCAUCCCUAUGGCAGAUCCGAUCAAUAAAAAUCACAAAUGUUUCAACAGCACAGGAGUGGACUAUCGAGGGACCAUAAGUGUAACCAAAUCUGGGCGACAGUGCCAGCCUUGGAACUCACAGUAUCCCCACACCCACACUUUCACUGCUGUCAGGUACCCAGAACUGAAUGGAGGCCAUUCCUACUGCCGAAACCCAGGCAAUCAGAAAGAGGCCCCAUGGUGCUUCACCUUAGAUGAAAAUCUCAAGUCAGAACUUUGUGACAUCCCAGUCUGUGAUACAAAGGACUCCAAGGAAAAGAAUAAAAUGGAAAUCCUCUAUAUAUUGGUGCCCAGUGUUACAAUUCCUCUGGCUAUUGCCUUACUGUUUUUCUUCAUCUGUAUUUGCCGGAAUAACCAGAAGUCAUCUUCUCCGCCAGUGCAAAGACAGCCUAAGCACGUCAGAGGACAGAACGUAGAGAUGUCUAUGCUAAAUUCAUAUAAACCAAAGAGCAAAGCCAAAGAGCUACCCCUUUCUGCCGUCCGUUUUAUGGAAGAAUUGGGUGAAUGUGCUUUUGGAAAAAUCUAUAAGGGACAUCUUUAUUUACCAGGAAUGGACCAUGCUCAGCUGGUUGCAAUAAAGACCCUUAAGGACUGUAAUAAUCCACCACAGUGGGCAGAGUUCCAGCAAGAAGCCUCUUUGAUGGCAGAAUUACAUCAUCCAAACAUUGUUUGCCUUCUUGGGAUUGUGACACAAGAGCAACCAGUCUGCAUGCUUUUUGAAUAUAUGAACCAAGGAGACCUCCAUGAAUUUCUUAUUAUGCGAUCACCACAUUCAGAUGUUGGAUGUAGCAGUGACGAGGAUGGUACUGUAAAAUCCAGCUUGGACCAUGCUGAUUUUCUCCACAUAGCUGUCCAGAUUGCAGCAGGAAUGGAAUACUUGUCGAGUCAUUUUUUUGUCCAUAAGGAUCUGGCUGCACGCAAUAUUUUAAUUGGAGAACAGCUCCAUGUGAAGAUUUCUGAUUUGGGACUGUCAAGAGAAAUAUAUUCAGCAGAUUAUUACAGAGUUCAAAAUAAAUCCCUCCUGCCCAUUCGUUGGAUGCCGCCAGAGGCAAUUUUGUAUGGAAAAUUCUCUUCUGAUUCAGACAUCUGGUCCUUUGGUGUUGUCCUGUGGGAGAUUUUUAGUUUUGGUCUUCAGCCCUAUUAUGGAUUUAGUAACCAAGAAGUCAUUGAAAUGGUCAGGAAACGACAGCUUUUACCAUGCUCUGAAGACUGCCCUCCCAGAAUGUACAGCUUGAUGUCAGAAUGCUGGCAUGAGCUGCCUUCUAGGAGGCCAAAAUUCAAAGAUAUCCAUGCCAGACUGCGCUCUUGGGAGGGGAUGUCAAGUCAUACUAGCUCUACUACUCCUUCUGGUGGAAAUGCUACCACUCAAACUACGUCUCUCAGUGCAAGUCCAGUUAGCAACCUAAGUAAUCCCAGGUAUCCUAACUACAUAUUUCCAGCACAAAGUAUGCCACAGGGCCAAAUUACUGGAUUCCUUGGCCCACCUAUACCUCAAAACCAGCGAUUUAUUCCUAUAAAUGGAUAUCCAAUACCUCCUGGAUAUGCCGCUUUUCCAGCUGCCCAUUACCAACCUGCAGGUCCACCAAGGGUCAUUCAACACUGUCCUCCACCAAAGAGUCGUUCACCAAGCAGUGCAAGUGGGUCUACUAGCACCGGUCAUGUGACCAGCUUGCCCUCUUCAGGAUCCAAUCAGGAUGCAAAUAUUCCCCUGCUGUCUCAUAUGUCAGUGCCAAAUCAUCCAAGUGGGAUUAGUAUAACCGUUUUUGGAAACAAAACUCAAAAACCUUACAAAAUUGACUCCAAACAAGCAUCUUUAGAUUCCACUAUUCAUGGGCAUAAUGAAACUGUGAUUGCAGCAGAGAUGUAA